UCGACUCGACUCGACUCUAGCAGCGGCGGCGGGCGGAGCGAAGCAGUGGGAUCCCCCUCGCGCCUACCGCACGGAACACUCUCACAGUCAGUCCGCAAGAGGCAGGCCGCGAGAGCGAACGUGCACGCCACCGUACUCGGCAGACGACACGCUCGCCGCGAGGCCCUCUUUCGUCGCCGUUGUGUCCGGUGUCGUGCCCUCCGUUGGACCCUGCGUGCCAUGUGGUUCGUCGACAGAUAGACCCCGAACUGCCAGUGUCCCGCUGCCGAAUUCGUUCUCGUUGCUCACUUCAGUCCGAGAGGCGAGAAGCAUGUGGCCGGUGUUGUUGCUGCUACACUUAAUGUGCGCCGCCGAGGCCAGACAUUUCACCAAGCAGUGGUCGGUGCACGUCCGCGACGGAGAUGCCGUCGCCGCCGACGCGAUCGCCCAAAAGCACGGAUUCGUCAACAGAGGAAAGCUGUUCGACGACGUGUUUAUUUUCGAGCACCCCGCCAUCACGAAGCGGUCCCUGACGCCCAGCUUGCUGCAUGACGAGCUGCUCACCAGCGAACCGCAGGUGAUCCGCGCGCUGCAGCAGCGAGCCAAGUCGAGGCAGAAACGUGACCUGAAACCUAUUGUGCUCAACGACGUCAACUGGAGGGACAUGUGGUACCUGAACCGCGGCAAUGGCCUGGACAUGAAUGUGCAGCCCGCGUGGCAGGACGGCGUCACCGGGAAAGGCGUCGUCGUCUCCAUCCUCGACGACGGCAUCGAGACAACCCAUCCAGACCUCAACAGAAAUUAUGACCCUCAAGCGAGCUACGACGUCAACAACCACGAUGACGACCCCAUGCCGCGAUAUGACGUCCUGGACUCGAAUCGCCACGGGACCAGAUGCGCCGGCGAGGUGGCCGCCGUCGCCAACAACUCGCUCUGCUCGGUCGGCAUCGCCUACGGGGCCAGCGUCGGCGGGGUGCGGAUGCUGGACGGCGACGUGACCGACGCCGUGGAGGCGCGCUCGCUCAGCCUCAACCCGCAACACAUCGACAUCUACAGCGCCUCGUGGGGCCCCGACGACGACGGCAAGACCGUCGACGGGCCCGGUGAACUCGCCAGACGUGCCUUCAUCGAGGGGGUCGCUAAGGGUCGUAGCGGGAAAGGGUCGAUCUUCGUGUGGGCGUCUGGCAACGGCGGGCGGGACCACGACAACUGCAACUGCGACGGCUACACGAACUCGAUCUGGACGUUGUCGAUCAGCAGCGCGACGGAGAACGGCAUGGUGCCGUGGUACUCUGAGGCGUGCAGCUCCACGCUGGCCACGACGUACAGCAGCGGGCUGGCCAACGAGAGGCAGAUCGUGACGACCGACCUGCACCACCAGUGCACCACCAGCCACACGGGCACGUCUGCCUCGGCGCCCCUCGCCGCCGGCAUCUGUGCCCUCGCCCUCGAGGCGAACCGGCAGCUCACCUGGCGCGACAUGCAGCACAUCGUCGUCCGCACCGCCAGGUCCGAGAACCUCCACUCUGCUGACUGGAGGACCAACGCUGUCGGCAGAAAUGUGAGCCACUCGUUCGGAUAUGGGUUAAUGGAUGCAGCGGCCAUGGUGAAAUUAGCGAGGAAGUGGGUGGCAGUUCCAGAGCAGCAGCGCUGCGAAAUUAUUGCCAAGAACGCCGAGAAACUCAUCCCGGCCAAAAGUCAAGUCAACAUCAAGCUCAGGGUCAGAGAGUGCCCGGGCGUCAAUUUCCUCGAGCACGUCCAAGCGAAGAUCACGCUGACGGCGAGCAGGAGAGGCGACCUGCAGAUCCACCUGACUUCGCCCGGCGGCACGCGCUCAACCCUGUUGGACAGGCGGCGACUGGACGUGUCGCGGGCGGGCUUCAACCGGUGGCCCUUCAUGACUGUGCACAGCUGGGGUGAAACGCCCGUCGGCAUCUGGCAGCUGGAGAUCCACAACGAGGGCCGCUACCUAGGCCGCGCCGUGCUGCGCGAGUGGUCACUGGUGCUCCACGGCACCACCGAGCCACCGGAUGCGUCAUCCAGAAAGAAAACUCCUCUCCCCACCCCUGUUUCCCCCUCCUCUCCCAGGGUCAGGGUGGGCCUGCCGCAAAAGCAGCCGCGCAAGAAGAACGGCAACAGCAACAACCCGUCCAAACAGGGUCGCAAGACGACCACCUUUUCGCCCUUCCCCUCCCUGCGUCCCAGGGUCACGGCCGCCCCUCGGGCGCCACCCAGCGGCAAACCUGGCCGCUUCCCCACGCGCCCGCCCUUCAUCUCCACCACGACCGCGACGCCCAGACGCCAGGAGAUCAUCUACCCUGAGCUGGGUGGGCUGCAGUUCUCACCGCAGGCGCCCAACCUGACCUUCAGCAGGUUGCUGCCCACCCUGAAUAAGGGUUCUUAUCCCUUCUCCUCGCUGACGCGGCCCAAGGAAAGCAGACAGGGGCCCAAAGAGAGCCGGCAGGGGCCCAAGGAGAGCAGGCAAGGCCCGAAGAUCCGGCCCCCUGAGAACAUGUACGCCCUGCGUGCUGGCGCCAGUCUGCCCACAAAGGGGCUCGACCUGAGAGAAGAUCCCCAACAAAAAAACUCGCCCGCCGCCGUUAAGAAGGCAAACAUGUCCGCGUGGGAGCUGGUCCUGCACGGCACGGAGGUGGAGGUGUCCCCGGACAGCAACGGCGGCCAGCUGGGCACGCUGGACGAACUGGACGCGAAGGAGGUGAAGCCCGUGAGCAACAACCUGAAGAACCGUGAGACGCCCAGUUUGGGCAACUCGAGCCGCUUGCCGCCGGCGACGGUCAGGCCGAAGCAGAUCAUCAUGGCGGACGUUGGGCCUGCCAAACUUUCACCCAACCUGACGAACAGUGCCGAAGGGUGCAUUAAAAGUGAAGCCAACAUGUGCUUAGAGUGCCUGGACAUCUACCUGGAGUACCAAGGUCAGUGUCUGCACGAGUGCCCGAUGGACACGUACAUGAGCCUGACGAACAAGGGCAAGCCCAACUGCCGCGACUGCCACUACUCGUGCUACACGUGCAAGGGCCCUCUGAACGACCACUGCCUUUCGUGCCACCCUGACGCCCGCCUCCGCAAGGACGGCAACUGCCUGCUAGCGGCGCUCGACCCGGUCGUCAACGAGGCCCGCUGGUACUUCUGGCUGAUGGUCGCCUUCAUGGCCAACGUGGCCGUUGUCGGGGUCGCUGCCAUCCUCUUUCUGGUCACCUGGUGCCGCGCCAGCAGCACCACUGCUGAAUACACAGGCCUCCAGCCGCCCAGGGAGGAACUACACCUCUCCAGCAAAGUCCACUACUUGUCCAGCGACGAGGAUUGAAAUGAACGCGGAUUUUUUAGGCAUGGGUGCGGUUUUAAUAAAUUUGAGUUUGAACAAUAGCUAAGAAUCAAUAAAAAUUCAAUUCUAAAUAUUGAAUAUCAAAGCAAAAUAAAACUAGAAAAUCAGGAAUUCACAGCGGUGCAGAUUUUAAAAUUUGGUGGACGUAAACAUUUAAAUUUUGCGAACCAUUCAAAUAUUACCUGUUUAAAUUUUAAGUUGGAUUUUUAGUAUGUAUCUUUUAUGCUUUUAUUAUUGGGUUUCACAUAAAUACCAAUUUAAAGGAGUUCUUAAUUUUAGGAUGUUCGAAAUUAUCAACGUUCACUCAGGAUGUUUGCAUUUGUGAAAACCUUCUCCACAUUGCCAUAAUAGUUCAAAGUUCUACAUUUUUGUGAUUGAAAUUUCUUACUCAUGUGAAUAUGUGAAAGAACAAAAUUUUAAAAAAAAUGUAUGCAUGUAAUUCCAGAACAAAAAUGCAAUAAUAAUUUGUGAAUGCUAGAGAUAAAGGGUUCAAGUGGUGUAAUUGACUGAGAUUUUGUUGCAAUUUGCUCAACUGCCAGUGCCCUAGUCAGUCUGUGAUAAAAGAAAAUUAUGGCAGCAUUGUCGGCACGUGAGCAUUUGAAUUUUGUCAACUAAUACUCUAGAUGGGCAGGUGGUGUUUGAACAUUGAAAGCAAUUUUUGUAACGAGAGAAUAGAAUAUAUUUUCACAAUAAACAUUGCAGCAUGUGCGUAUGAAAGAUAAA